UUUUCUAUUAUUUUCCCCUAUGAUCAUUCCACUCUUCCCCCACGUAAUUCAUCGUCAAUGUGAACACAAAACAUAUACCUUGUCGGAAGUUACCAUCUAAUGCAUAUUUUGUCUGAGAUUGAUUCAACUUAAACACAAGUUUCAAUUUCAAGUUACAAAUAUCAGUAAUUCUAUGCGAGGACUUGACAAAAAAAUCAAUUUCAAGUUAUAGAUAUCGGGGCAGGUUGAGAAUGAAAAUGGAAACCUGCAAAAUGAAGAUGUUAAAUUUCUUGGCCAAGAAAGGUGAAGUCAACAAGGCAGAAACACCUUUGGAUCUUAAGGAAGCAUUUUACGAGUUUGCUAGAGGAGGGAACCACAUGAAGAAGGACCAACUUCUUCGGUUCAUGGUGGAGCACCAGGGAGAAAACAUCAGAACCAUUGAGGAUUUGGAUAAAAUAGUUGAAAAGUUUUCACAAGUAGGAAGUUCUAGUUCUAGCCCUAAAACUUGCCCCACAAGAAUUGUGGAUCUGUAUAACAAACAAGGGUUAAGUCUCAAUGACUUCAUUGAUUUUCUGCUACUUCAUGAUUUCAAUGGUCCCUUGAAAGACGAGGUGCAUCAUGAUAUGAAUGCUCCUUUGUCGCAUUAUUUCAUUUACACCGGACACAAUUCCUACCUUACUGGGAAUCAACUUACUAGUGAGAGUAGUGAUGAGCCAAUUAUAGAGGCUUUGAAGCAAGGUGUACGAGUAAUUGAACUAGAUUUAUGGCCAUCUAAAUCUCCAACUAAAGAUGGUAUUAAAGUGGUUCACGGAAGGACUUUUACCACUCCAGUCGCAGUAACCAAAUGUCUAAAAUCGAUAAAGGAAUAUGCAUUUUACAAAUCUGAUUAUCCAGUAAUUCUAACUUUGGAGGACCACUUAACAACAAAACAUCAGGAUAAAUUUGCAGAAAUGGCAACUCAAAUAUUUGGAGAAAUGCUUUACUUUCCUCAUCAUACAAAUCAAAUGACAGAAUUCCCCUCACCCGAAUCAUUGAAAAAACGCAUAAUUAUAUCAACCAAACCACCAAAGGAAUAUAUACACUCUGAUAAUAUCAGCAAACCUGUGCCAAAUGGAAGUGAACUGUCUAAAGAAGAAUCAAGGGGAAAAGAACUGUCAGAUUCUUUGGCUAAAUUGAAAAUUGAGGGCAGGAAUGCUAGUGAUGAAGAUCACGAAGAUACAAAUACAAGAGAUAACAAACCAAACCAACUAGGUGCACGUCAAUACAAACACAUGAUUACAAUCCUUGGUGGGAAAGCAAAAGGUUCUAUGAUGGAACGACUGAAAGAAGAUACUAAAGUUAGACGACUAAGUUUGAGUGAGAAGAAACUUAAAAGUGCUUCUGAGACUUAUGGAGCUGAGCUUAUUAGGUUCACACAGAAAAAUAUCCUUAGAGUUUUUCCUAAAGGAGAACGUGUCAAAUCCUCAAAUUUCAGGCCAUACUUAGGGUGGUUGUAUGGAGCUCAGAUGGUUGCAUUCAAUAUGCAGGGGCAUGGCAAAUCACUCAGGUUGAUGCAGGGGAUGUUCAGAGCAAAUGGAGGGUGUGGUUAUGUUAAAAAACCUAAAUUUCUUAUCCAAACACCUCCGCAUGAAGAGGUGUUUGAUCCUAAAAGAAAAAUGCCGGUGAAGGAGAUAUUAAAAGUAAAAGUAUACAAAGGAGAUGGCUGGAGUUCAGAUUUCAGUGCAACACACUUUGAUCGAUUCUCUCCUCCAGACUUUUACACAAAGGUUUGUAUUUUUGGAGUGGCAGCUGAUUCUUACAAAAUGAGAACAAGUGUAAAGAUGGACACUUGGUAUCCUGUUUGGGAUGAAGAGUUUGAAUUCUCAUUGAGGGUGCCAGAGCUUGCUUUGCUUCAGAUAGAAGUAAAGGACAAAGAUAAGGGAAAGGAUGACUUUGCAGGACAAACUUGUUUGCCAGUAUCAGAGCUAAGGCAUGGAUUUCGGUCAGUGCCUCUACAUGACCGAAAGGGAAAGAAACAUAAGUCUGUGAAGCUUCUAAUGCGGUUUAAGUUUGAAACUUCAAAUAAAUUAUAGAUGUCAUUUGUUUAAAUAUGUUGUAUGGUAAAGCAUAGUCCAUGGAAAGAACCUUUUUUAACCAGCUAGAAACAGUAACAUAGGAUGUCAAUAUUCAACAUCACAUGAUUUAGUAACAUGUGAAUAUAUGAUUGUUGUUUGUAAUUGAUACAGUCAAUCAAUGGA